AUGUCGCCGCGAUCGAGGGUGAAGGUAUUGCCGCCGGCGGAGGGCUUCCAUCCGACCGAAUGUACUAGCCCUGAAAAUGGAUGGCGCUCAAGCGUCUCACCCAUACCUCGCCCUCAGGGUAUCCUAACACACAAAACCACGGGCUACGCCAUCCAAAUGGUCGACGAGAUCUACGCCCGCACCGGCGCCGACGUCCCCCUAGCCUCAGCCCUGACCGCCGCCCUCCCUUUGGCAGCAUGA